AGGACGGCGGAGACAAGGGAGACAGCAACGAUGCGGACAACAAGGACGACGACGAUGACGAUGAUGAUGACGACGACGACUACUACUACGGAUACGACUACGAAGCUGGCAUGGGCGCAGGGUACGGAUACUAUGGCCAUCAUCUGCCCUACGGCGGUGCCAUCGACGGGCCCAUCAACCUGGGCCUGGGGAUGGGACCUGGCGGAGGCCGGAUGGGCAUGGGCCUGGGGAUGGGUGGGAUGCACCACAACAACUUCAUGGGAAUGCCGAUGGGCCCGCGUAUGAACAACUACAUGGGCAUCGGCGGUGGGCCAAUGAUUGGCGGCUGGUAUGGUGCUGGAAAGUCACUGUACAGCGACGCCCGGCUCAAGGAGAUGGAGGCCUUCACCAAGAAGAAGAUGCAGAGGGAGGGCGUCUCCUACUUUGCCUACAUGACGCUCAUCAACAGCUGGACCUCGUCGACGCUGCUCUUCAUCUUUCAGCAGCUCAAGGGCAGCUUCGUGAGCGACCUACCGAGCGACGGCUUCGACCUGUGCUCGGUCCUGUACGAAGCUGGCACGAUCGACUGCACUGUUCCCGUGCUGCUGCAUCAGGACCGAGGCGCCGAGCUGGCAGGCACCAACGACCUCAGCCUGAUCCAGUACUCCUAUAUGGGCUACUGGCUGGCCCACAGAGCAGCGGCCAGCUUCAAGGAGGACGCCAGGAGCAGCACUGGCAGUGUGGCCAAGGGGGGGCCCGGCUCGUCAUCGGGCACCACCAUUCGGGUCGAGAUCAACCACGAGAGCACCGAGGGUCGCCAGUACUCGCAGCAGCGCGGUGACAAUUUGCCGCCCGUGGAGCGCGACAGCCCUGACACCAUCGAGGUCCGCCCGCAGAACAUGUCGCAGGUGCUCUCGGUCAUGAUCCCGCUGCUGUGCACAUCGCCCGACUUUGGCUCGACGCUCAACUACUCAGUGCAAGGGCUGCGCAAGCUCUUCUCCAUCGACGUCCAGGACCACCAGCUGCCGAAGCCCCCUCGCUUUACGGGGAUUGUCUCGAUCCGCACCCCGGCGUUCGAGGCCCGGAGCCUGGGCUGCCUCCCGCACUCGGACUUCAAGUCGCUGUCGUGGUCGAUCCUGGCCGAGCGGGACCGACACUCGACACUCGCCCUGAAGCACACGACGACACAGACCUGGGAGAAGACGGGGGCCUACCAGCGGCAACAGCAGGUCCAAGACCUACGCGUGCGGCAGCUGCAGUUGGCGAGGGACGCGAGCCAGUGGGUGUUUGAGGAGGCGGCGAUCCGGGUCGACUGCGCGGGCUACGUGUACACGGUGCUCGCCAUCUGCGGAACCAUCGCGCUGGGCGGGCUGAUGCUGGGCAUCUUCCUGGGCACCUUUGUGCGGGACAGCAUCGUGCUCCAGGGGGUCGACCCGUUUGGCUUCACGAGCUACAGCUGGCUCAUUGCCGCGUUCAUCAUGCUCAUUGCCAAGUCGACGCGGGUCAACGAGUGGCCGUGGCGGGAUUUCCUGCUGCGGCGCGUGACCUGCCGGUCCCUGAGCGAGCUGCACGCCGUCACGGGCGUCGACGAGCAGGACCUGCUCGCGUACCUCCUGACCAUGGAGUACGAGAACGUCCUGCGCACCUCGGGCCCGCACAACUCGGUCUUUAUGCGCCGCGCCGGCCCCGCCGAGGGCUUCUCGAUCGACGUCAAGCCCCAGAUGCGCACGCUGCUCGGCGCCGGCCUCAUCUUUGUCAAGGUCCUCCUCCGCAAGGAGCCCACGCUCGUCUGCCUCGACUUCCGCGCAGGGCUCAAGGAGGGCCGCAGCUCCAUCCGCCACAAGGGCACCCUCGAGCACACCGACAUCCACUGCCGCUAUCCCCCCGGCGCCGGCGAUCGUGUCCAGGACGUCGUGCUGAACCAGCAGCCGCGCCAUCUCGACCUGCACGGCCAGCAGUGGGACCGCAUCUUGGGGAUAUAUCACGACUGGGAUCGGAUGGUGCGGUGAUGUUGCGUUGGCCUGUUCUUGAUAAUGGGGACUUCAUGUGCUCCGAGUAUUUUCUUUUUUUAAUGAUAUUCAGUGGAUUGAUUGUAAAUCUGCCCAA